AUGCAAACGCCGCCAUACAAACCACCCAAAGAAUUGCAAGACAUUCUAGACCAACAGGCUACACAGAGAAAACGCACCGCUCAGUUGCCAAAGCGUAACUGGAUUCAAAGAAAUCCUCGUGCCUUUCAAUUGACAUUCAUUACCGGAUCACUGUUGGUCCUGUUCUCACGACCAUUGUACGACAUCUUCUUCGAAACCUCAUUUGCGGCCCCCGAUUCAGUUGUAUUUGAAAAACGUCACAAGUAA